AUGCUCAUGCGUCUCUCUACCCUCGGCUUGCUAGCAUUAGCAAAUGCCUCGCCAGAUGCGAAACGAUCCAACUACGACAUGUUCAUGACCGGCCAGUACACCGUCGCCAACUGCGGAGGAAACACGUCCCUCGUCGUCCACCUCCUCGACAGGCUCUACACCACUCUCCUGCCCGUGAUUGAAGACGCCAAAUCCACCAACACAAGCCCCGCCUACGCCGCGUUCUUCAAAGACCCUUCCUCCGCCCCCUUUGUAUCCGCGCUCCUCACCAACGUCACGAGCGGCGUCGCUUUGACCCCCCCCGCACCCUAUUCCCUCAACGGCGCGCCCACUCUCCUCUGCGUGACGGAACCCGGACAGUUCAUGUACAAACUCGAUGGCCAGAAGGACGCCUACGCCGAGUGCCUGGCCAACCCGACCGCGACGUCCAACUACGUCGGCUUCCUUCCGCCCAAGCAGUACAUCAUCCUCUGUCCGUCAUUCUUCACCAGCGCCAUCGUGUCCGUCCCGCCGCCCAACACCUGCUUGACGGUCAACACCUACAUCAACAGAUUCCACGGCGACGGGCAGAGUUUCUGGCUCUACAAGAUGUGGAUCGUGCUGGAGAUGAUCACGCAUUACUACCUCUUCGCGUCCACGGGGCUCCUGACCAUCACCAACACGAACGACGCGAACAAAUGUUUCCGCCUCGCGGCCGAGCAGUCGAGGUUGAACGCGAACAACUACGUGUACUAUGCCGCGAGUGUAUACGGUUCCUGCACCGAUUUCCCAGCCCCUCCCACGAGCGGCCGCGAACUGUUGGAGAUUGAUAUAGAGGACCCGUCGGACAAUGGACCCGAUGAUGCGGGUCCGGCUGCUGUCACGUUCAUUGCGACGGAUUUGGAGAUAGGAGUGGAAGACACCACAGGCACGCCGUGA